AUCGUUCAUCAACACUACAAACAAAGCAGCAAACACUCACUUUAACAUCAACAAAUAUUUUUACGAACAUUCCAAAAAACAAAAAAAAAUCCGUGCAAAUGCACCAAUAAUAAAACUUACAAUCGAAUCGAUAAGAGCCAGCAACCAAGCCGCAGCGAUCUAGCUGAAUUUUCCGUCGGACGAGAAAGUGGCACGAGCAUUUGUCGCUUUUCACACGCACAAGCCAGGUCGGAGAAGACGAAAUUGAGCAGAACGUUUAAAAAGGGCACCAUUUCAAUCACAAAUAUGCUGUCACGCCUGCAGGACUUCUUGUCACGCCACCGCCGGAAGUUUAUGGUGACGGGAGUACUGGUUGGUGGAGCCUACUAUGCGGCCCGGUACGCCCAACGCAAGCUGAUGGAGAUGCAAGAGAAGCAGGCUCGUGAGAUGUUCGAGCGGACGCGGCGAACGAAUCACUUCGAGUCGACGGAAAAGACUUGCAACCAAGUGAUUUUGGGCAUGGGCGAGGAGAUGUGUGAUGCUGUGUUGAGAGAGUGCAGCACGGACGAGUUGCUCCAGCAGCUUCGCCAGAAUCCAAAAAAUAAAGUGGAACUGUGGGAAGAGAUGAAGGUCGUGGCGUUCACCCGUCUGGCCACGUUUGUCUACGCCUCGUCUAUGUUGGUGAUUGCCCUCAGAGUGCAGCUGAAUGUCUUAGGUGGCUACAUUUACCGUGACAUCACGUUAGAGCAGACUCGAAUCACCGAUGAGAUUAAGCAUCAAUAUCUCUCGCUUAUCCGACACUUCAUUACAGAAGACGGUAUUAGAGAUCUCACUAGGUAUAUACGGACUCAGGUGAUCGCAGUGGUGAAGUCGUCUAUGCCCCUCUCACGUCAGCUCUCCCUCAACGACCUGGAGCAGCUGUUUUGGUCUCUGCAAAUGGCCAUCAAUGCGGACACUCGUCGAGAUCCCAACUCCAAGAUGACGAAGUACUUGCUGCCCUCUCAGAGUUCAAGCUUCUCGCCGUUGCUCCAGCAGAUGUACAACGAGACUCUAGACCUCUUGGAGAGCGAAGAUGCCAUCGGCGUGUGUUCGCAUAAUGUGACUCGAGGCUUUGUGCUGGCCUGCGAUGUCAUUGCUGAGUCCCUUGGCGAGACCCUGCAGCAUCUGCCCCCAGCAGAAGUGCAGAAGCAACCGGAGCCACAGCUGCCCUUGAAUUGCAACCAGAGAAACAGCUGUGGCUCUUAUCCCAGCAGCCAGGCGGUCGAUAAUAACAACAUGCUCGACAUCAACACGGUUCUGAUGGCCAUGGCCAAGCUGAUACCAAUAAUCAGUGGGAUCACUUCAAGAGGCUAUGACAGCGCGUCGCGGGCUACAAACUUGCCCACCCAGUUGCUCUCCUUUUACUUGCUGGCGGAGAAGUCGAAGACGUUGGGGGCCAAUGUCUACGAGACUUUCAGUUCUGCCUAAGCUACGACGGUACCGCAUAUGGACACUCACACAUAAACAUACAUGUGUUUGUACCUUUAUAUGUAUAGAUCUGUUCUGAGCAGGGUCUUAACACAAUUUUAGCACUACAUAUGAUUUGAGUGUAGUAAGGUAGUAUGCAAAUGCAUACACACAUUCACACAUUCAAUUCACGUAUUAAUUUUUAAUACUGAUAAUUACCUACAGAAACCUGUUUGUAAAGGCAUGGUAUCGUCCCAAAUUCCGUAUUAAGUCUAACUCUUAAGAAUAUUUAAUCAGAACCUAGUAUGUAAGGUAGCGAUAAGAAGAUCGCAUUUUGGAAUCCUUUGGUCAAGUUGACCGGCAAACGGGGGACCUACAAAGCGAGCAACUGGAAGGCCUUUCAUAAUAAACGGAAACUGUAAUACUGUA